AUGUAUGGUCCUGUCAUUCAAAGUAAUGCUUCCUUACUCACUGGGCAUUUCGCUCCGAUUACGCUCCCGCUUCUAUCUUACUGUUUGCUACGAAGUACAAGAUUUGCAGUUGAGAAGGACAGCGACUGGGGGCUCAGCUCAGACUAUGCAGGUGACGGCUGGCGAGGAGACAACCGGUACGGCGGCGGCGGUUCCGCGCCAACAACGUCGUUCAUGCUCUCGCUGUCCCCCAGCGAUCAUGGUAUCAAGGACAUUGCACACGACAUGCACCCCUUCGCGCGUCCGUCGAUGUCGUCUAUCCGGGAAUGCACGAACUUGUCAGCUGUCACUUUGUAUCUCGGCGCCUCCAGCACGAGCUUAGUCGAGAGCAGUGCCAUCAUCUCCACUUUGACCUCAAACCUCGCGAUGCUGCACACUAACACUGUUAACUCAUCACCACUGGCAGAAACGAGGGCUAGGUUUCUGGCUUAA